GAAAUUAAUUCAAUAAAAAUGAUUGUCAUGUUCACAGACAUCAGAUCUCAAGUUUGAGCCAGUACCAAUUCGUCGUCAGAUGAGUAAUACUCAGUCUUUCAAUUCUGAAAAUCGUAACUCUAACACUAGUCUCGGUUCUUCUGAGGGCUCUAGCUCCAGGGUUUCUAGUCUCACUCGAUCUCAAGUUGCUGGACUUAAAAGUUUUGUCAACUUUUCUUCAACUGGCUCGCUUUCAAGAGCGAACAGCACAUCAACUAGUCCAAUGAAGACACCGUCAGGAACGUUGAAGAAGGACAAGAAGCGUCGCUCGACAAGGAGCAUGAGCAAGGUGGCUGAUCGAGAGUCGACGUCGUCGUGGAGCAGUCUGACAUCGACUGUGAGCACAUCGACUCUGACCAGCAACAGCCAGUGGUACACGCAGCCCGAGUCGCCGUCGCCUCCCAUGUUCGACUGCCCCCCCACCCUCAUCACGCCCACAACGCCUAUCAUCGAACUCCGCCAGGCGUUGACACCGGAACGUCCUCUGCGCUCUGAAGUGGAGAAGGAGAAGCGGAUGAGUAGACCAACCAGCGGACAAUUUUCACCACAAAAACCAUCUCUUGCAGGAGUUAAUGGUUCCGGAUCGAAUAGAGAUUCAAUCGGUACUACUGAUUCAACUGCUAGCGAAGAAGACAAUACACCUCCAGCAUUACCCUUGAAGCAGAGAGAGAGUGACUACUGUAAUAUAGAUGACCAUUCUCCAAGCUCGCCUUGUACUCCCAGUACGCCAAGAGUUAGAAAUAAGCCACCUCCACCCGAGCCAGUCGAGUCGGACACCCCGCCGACCCCCCCACCCAAGCGACCCCAUCUCAAAUCGCCUGUCAGCUGAUCAUUCCACAAGCUACAUCAUCAUCGUCAAUAUCAUUAUUAUAUUUAUUCCUGCAUUAUGACAUCAUACAUAAUUAUUUAGACUACUUCUAGCAUAGAAUCACAUGUGCAAUUACCAGUCAAUAUUUUUAAAUGCUAUUUAUUUUACCUACUUUCUGUUUUAUGUAAUACCUUUUAUUGUUUCACAUGUUUAUGUCACAACGUUUUAUUAAUAUUCAUAGUUUUACUAAUAUUAAGGGUUAGGUAACCCUACCUUAAUUUAUAUGUUAGAAAUGGAAUAUUGUUUUUGAACAAUAGUGUGACUCGAAGGUCCAUUUCAACCACAUUUGCGAAGACACCAUUCUUGUAAGAUAUAAUUACUCUUCUUUAUAUUAUCUAAAUGCCGAUUAGUAUGUUUCAUUUCUUCUGUGCACUAGAAUUUGCUUAUAAUAAAAUAUGGAUAAUUCGAAUACAUUUUUCUAAAGCCUGACAUUUCAGAAUCUGACAUUUCUGUGAUGCAUUUUUAAUAUUCAUAGUAGGGUAUAAUACAAUGGGUUGAUUCAUCUUCGAGUUUUGUUAACAGAUGUUUCUUUUGUGACUUCUUAAUGUUUGGCACCAUGGCGCACAUAUAAUAAUAAUAAUAUCGAGUGACCUGGCUGGCUCAGGUCUGGUGUCAGAGUUUUCAGGUCGCAACUGAUCAAUUUCAGGGCCUCUGACAUGACCUAACGACUGCUUUUUAGGCAGCCUUGGCGCACAAUGUUGAAUAUUUAGUUGUAUCAACACAAUAUCUAUAACUUUUUUUUAUCUUCCAAGUCCCCUCAUUCUCUAUCAAACAAGUUUGUGCAAAUUAGUACCUAUUUGUAGCAUCAAGCCCAACAACAAAAAUAUGAUAGAAUAUGGUAAUAUGAUGUAAAUUUGGUUUUAAUGAUUUUUCUAUUUGUCGGUUCUGAUAUAAGUAGGUACUGAUUUGUACAAACUUGUUUGACCGUGGAUGAGGACCUUUACAACAUUUGUAGUUUGUGUGGUUCAAUGUUUUUAUAUUCUCGAAUCAAUUUGAAUAAUCUAUCAUAUUGUCGAUUUCUAUAAACUUGAUUCGUUAUUUUCAGACACUAUGACAUUUUUUUGAAUCCUACUCGUAGCAUUCGAGUUUUAUAAAUCAAUCGCCAUAAACAUUGUGUCAUUAUUUUAUAUUCUAUUCAUCGUAGAGUUCAUUGUCCAUUUAUGUUUCAAUAAUACUACUGUAUAAUAUUUAUCGCUAUUAUUGAAAGAAAUCUUUGUUUAGGAUUUUAUAUUAAGGUGCCUACAGAUUUACGCGCCGCGAACAUGAGCAAUUCACUUUUAAUCAGCUGAUGCUAAGCUUUUUAUAUCUGUAUCUUACCGUUUCUGUAAAAAUACAGAUAUAAUCAGCUGAUUGAAAGUGAAUUGCUCAUGUUCGCGGCGCGUAUAUCUACGCACCUAUAGGCUUUGCAUUCCAUGUAUCAUCUUAUUCUAAUAAAACGAUAGAGCUGUAAUUUCUAUUCACUUAUGUAUUGAUAAAAAUAUAUUAUGAUUAUUAGAAUAAUGAAAAUUAGCCUUUUCAAUAAUGAUUCCAUUACAGUUUAUUUAACACUGUCUUGCAAACGUUGCCUAAUUUGCGAACAAUAAGAAAAUCAGUGAGGAAAUCUUCACAUUUUCAAUUUAGAAGUUUUUGAAAAAAAAGGAAUGUAAAGUUACAUUGAAUCUAGUCAUUAAUGAAACUUAAGAUAUUAUAAUGUGCCUUUUGGGGGUUCAGAAGGAAUUCUGAUGGUAAUAAAAUUUUCAAAUUUCCUCUUCUGAUUAAACCAUAUCAAAUAGAAUGUAAGGCAUUCAUAUAAAUGCAUUGAAGUGAAAAUGUAAUUUUUAUAUUCAUAUACAGAAACUAUGCUAUAUUUUAUACAAAGUUGAACAAUAUAAAGUUUUUACUACAAUAUAUUUGUAACUCUUAACAUUUUACCAAAGGACAGUGAUGUACAAAUUUUGAUAGAAGUCAUUGUACAAAUUUGAUAUUCAGUUUCAUUCAAUACUAAUCAUUAUUUACAGUAUUUUAGUGUUCUUAAUAUUUGUUGUUUUUAAUAAAUUAUGAUAUUUUUA